CCCUAUGGGGCCUCCAGGACCCAGGGGUAUUGGUGGUGAAAUGGGACCUACGGGGCCCCCUGGUCCUCCUGGCCUCCCCGGCCCUCCAGGUCCCGCUGGCUACUAUGAUGGCGGCGUCCAACCAUGGAUCGGCAAAGGUCCUCAACCUCAACCCAUAUGGAAUGGUAACGGUCCUCAACCCUACUGGGAUGGCAAGGGCAAUGGACUUCUCCGGGAUGAGGCCAGUCCAAAAGACAAUGUGGUGAGGGGUGACGUGGAGUUUGGUCUGGAUGCUCUGACCCAGAGGAUCCUGAGGGUGCGACAGCCUAUGGGGACUCAGAACAAUCCGGCACUCAGCUGCCGCGUACUGCGCCGAUACCUACCGGAGGCACAGAGCGGCCUCUACUACGUGGACCCCAACCAGGGCUCUCCUCUGGAUGCCAUUCAGGUCUUCUGCAACAUGGAGGCUGGAGAGACCUGCGUCUACCCAUCCCAGAUCAUCAUUCCCCAGAAGAACUGGUACACGAGCAAGACCAAGGACAAGAAGCACGUCUGGUUCAGCGAGUCCAUGCCCGAGGGCUUCCAGUUCCAGUAUGGCUCCAACGGCUCUGAUCCGGACGCCGUUAACAUCCAGCUGAACUUCAUACGACUGCUGUCCAAACGAGGACACCAGAACCUCACCUACCACUGCAGGAACAGCGUGGCGUAUAUGGACCAGGCGUCUGGCAACCUGAAGAAGGCCGUGCUGCUGCAGGGCUCCAGCGACGUCAGCCUCAGGGCAGAGGGCAACGCACGCUUCCGCUACAGGGUCACCCAGGACGGAUGCACGCAACAUACGGGCUCGUGGGGCAAGACCGUCAUACAGUUCAAGUCCCGCCACCUCUCCCACCUGCCUAUCAUUGACAUCGCUCCUAUGGACGUUGGUGCACCAGAUCAGGAAUUCGGUGUGGAAAUCGGACCCGUCUGCUUCUCGUAGCAUGGACAACCUAACUAUGGACUUUUGACCUUCAACUUUUAUUUGUUUUUUGUGAUUUGUUCCUUUUUUUGUCAUGAUGUGACUCGUAAGAGUUGAAUUUACAUGUUUUGAUUUUUUUUUUUGGAUUGAUCAAGUCAUCAGCCAUCUACAUAGUAUUUGGCCCACGUCAGCCACCGUAUCCUACAUGUCACCACUUUGUUUUUUUGUCUGUUGAGAUAUAAGAAAAUAUUUUGUAACUGGACACUGUAAACUAGGCCAAAGUCUUUCAAACAAUACAAGACAUUGAGAUAUGAUCGAAUGUUAUAGUUUUUUUGGUUUCUAUUCAGUCCAAAAACAGGAGGAGAUGUUGUAGUUCAGUUCUCAUCAGAUGUUUCAGUUUUGAAAACAAUAAAGAAAACUGAAAGUGA